UCUGACAUGACCCACAUAAACCCUUGCAAAGAAAACGGAGAGGAACUGCAAAUAGCAAACUGGAGGAGCAGAAGACGAUUCGUGGUGAAGACGAAGGCAAUUAGGGCAUAUCUCUGAAUGCAAAGCUUUCCCAGAAUACCACCCGAGUAGGAUUCGAGGCUAAGAUUGCGAGUCCAAAAGCAUCACACGCUACGGGACUUCUUCAUCUUCUUUUCAAGUUUUCUAGUUCGUCGAAGAAUUGAUGUCUCGUAGGGACGAGGAAACGAAGUUUUAAAUUUUCUCACGCGGAUUUUCUGUUGUUUUAGAGUUAUUCUGUGAGUUUUUUUUUUUUUACACAAUGGUUAACGGGAGUACUGUUGAUCAUUCGCUGGAUGUACGGUUGGAUAGGCGACUGAAGAGAAGGUUAGUUUCGAAUCGACAGUAUAAGAACUACUGUUGCAAAACUUCGAAGAAGAAUGAACUAGAAGAAUUCGAUGCGGAGUAUCGGAAAUUCUUAGAUAAUUUACCGAAGUUUGUGGAUAGCAGCGAGGAGAUUGUUGAGGCUAAACCUCAGGAUUUUGGGCGUGAUAAUGACGAUAAUGGGACUUCGCGCUGUAAAUGGUUGGUAGAUGAAGUUGAUCCUGUUUAUGAGAUGUUUUUUCAGCAUUUGAUUCAAGAGGGGAAAGCAUAUAAGCUUGAAAUUCCAUCAGUUAAUGGAAUGAAAGUGUAUGUGAAGUAUGAGGAAGACGAAAAAUCAAGCCCGAAGAAAGAUCAAAAUAGUAAAAAACCUGGAACUAUCAGGACCUUGACGAGUGCUUCAAGGAAAGAUGAGAUAGCGAGCACAGAUAAAGAAAGCCCGGCUCCUUUGUUUGAGGAAGAGUUCGGUCUGGAUUGUGCAAAACCUAUAUCUAAUGGGGUCAAUGGAAAUUCAAGCACAAUGCUCGGUACAGGUCUUCUCAGUUCUGCUAAGCGUCUUUCCCUAUCCGAUUCUGACUCGGAUAAUAUGGACGAAGACUAUAAGACAUUUUUGACAGAUUUUCUUUAUGAUGAUCGUAGAUAUCAAUUAAUGCCUCCAGAUGGUAGGCGAUUUGUCUAUGAGCAAGAUGGAAGUAUCUCUAAGUCAGAAGUGGUGAUGAUGAACACCGAUAAAUGUAAGCGCAGCAGUGCUAGAUUUGGGAGAAAAUAUUUACGUUCCGCUAAGGAUAUAGAUAGUGGGAAGAGUCUUCAGAGUCCUGGUAUAUAUAAAAGUUCCAAUUUCAGGGAGAGGCUCAUAAAAGUUCUUCAAAAACCAUAUGAUCAACGUGAGUACGACUUUUUUCUUCAAGAAGUAGGCCGCCGUAGGCCACAUGUCCGGCAUAGAGAAUUACGUAGUAGAGUGCUAAAACCAUAUACACUGGAAUCUCGCGCCAAAUCAUAUCUUCAUCUCUAUGAUGGUGAGUGCUUUUAGUCCCAAUGCAAUUUUCUACUGCCAUUAUAUUGAUUGGGUUUUGUUUGUUAUCAGUGUUCUUCAAUGUGUUAAAUAGGCUAUAUGAGCUACGAAUUUCUCUUAUACAAUAGUAAUGUUUGGAAACAACCAGUAUUUUCAACACCCCCAAUCUUUUUCCUCUAAAAAGAUUCCUCCAUGAGUACCAUUUCCUGAAGAUGUUCAUCCUAAGAGGGGAUGUUCUAACCCCCGAUCUGAUACUUUUACCAAAUGUUCAUAAUUUGCACCAAAAUUGAUUUUUCAAGUUAUUAUCGUAAUCUAUUUUUCACUCUUCUAAUUGUCAAGACUACCUAAGAAGUG